CCUUACUUCUGGCAGGCGGUCAAGGAAAACAACGGCGGGCCCCCCUCCCCUCCGCCCUGGCAGGGAGGCAAUGCCCUUGUAGGGCCCAGCUGGAGGUCAGCAGAGACACAGGCAGAGAGAAGCAAGGGAAGGAGAGAGAUCAGGAAGGAGGCAGCAAGGACCAGGUCAAGAGCAUGAAAUCCCUUCUGGUAAAGACCCCUCCCUCUGUCUCUGCACGGCUGCUUGCUAAAAGCAGGUCACUAACUCUGGGGUGUGCCCUAUAGUUUCCUUGCUCCUAACCCAUAAGCUACUGGACUUUUGCUGGUGUUGAAAAACGCUGGCGAGGCCCAAACAGGCGAAACACAGUUUCAGGGUGUUACAGAAAUUACGGUGGGGGGGGGCACAUCUUUAAAGUUGUUAAAUGUUACAAAUAUUAUGCCUGAAUGUAUCCUUCCGACUUGACAGGUCAGGGAAGUUACCUAGCUUUAAAAAAUACAGUGGUACUUCGGGUUAAGAACUUAAUUCGUUCCGGAGGUCUGUACUUAACCUGAAACUGUUCUUAACCUGAAGCACCACUUUAGCUAAUGGGGCCUCCUGCUGCCGCCGCUGCACAAUUUCUGUUCUCAUCCUGAAGCAAAGUUCUUAACCCAAGGUACUAUUUCUGGGUUAGCGGAGUCUGUAACCUGAAGCGUAUGUAACCUGAAGCGUAUGUAACCCGAGGUACCACUGUAGUAUAAAAUCAACUCCUUUGCCAGUUUCCUCCAUUCCAAAGCUAUUUUCCCCUUGAAAAAGGACUCCUGGAAGUGCCCAGAGGUGACAAUUGCUGAGCUGAUUGUUGGCCAAGGAAAGCCUGAUCCCAUCACCAAACUUGCCAAGGGGUCCAGACAUGCAAAGGAAGUUCUAUUGUACUUUCGGUGGUGGGACUUCAGAGGUGUUUGCCUAUGCUCAUCUUAUACCUGGGUCUUGCCCUGACAUGUCUGCUUAUGCUAAUCUUGUACCAAGGACUUGUCUGGACAUGUUUGCCAAGGUUAAACUAGUGGAACCCCUGUCUAAAGGUAAAGAGACCCCUGACCAUUAGGUCCAGUCACAGACGACUCUGGGGUUGCGGCGCUCAUCUCGCUUUAUUGGCUGAGGGUGCCGGCGUACAGCUUCCGGGUCAUGUGGCCAGCAUGACUAAGCCGCUUCUGGCGAACCAGAGCAGCUUCCCGCUGGAGCGGUACCUAUUUAUCUACUUGCACUUUGACGUGCUUUUGAACUGCUAGGUUGGCAGGAGCAGCGACCGAGCAAUGGGAACUCACCCCGUCGCGGGGCCUUGAACCACCGACCUUCUGAUCGGCAAGUCCUAGGCUCUGUGGUUUAACCCACAGCGCCACCCGUGUCCCAACCCCUGUCUACCCCUCCCCUUUUGUGACAUGUCAGUGAUGCAGCAAUGAUGCUGUACGAACUGUAUUCUGGGAUAUGGUGGGAAAGUUUUAAAAGUCCUUGUCACCCCAUCCUCAGGUUUCAAAAUUCCUCUUUGAACCUGUUGCGCAAUAAACUUUGGUCUACAGCUAUUUGCUCCGGUUGGUGGCUGCACUCCUUCCUUUAUUCCGCAGGGACCCACGGGCUCUGCCUGACCUUCUGGGGGACUGAGCAGCCUCACACCUAGAUUUUUCCAUAACAAGGGGAUAGCCUUGCCAGUUUGUUCCAGAGUCCCUUUAAAAAGAUAUAUAUAUUGAAGCAGAAAGUUCUGUGUGUGAUACAGCCUACUUGGUCAGAUGCAUGGGGUAAAAAGCAGGCAUGAUUAUAUUCCACCCUUUCCCUGCUCCUAUAUCUUUUUUUCUCCCCCCCCCCAUUAUAUUUUAUUAAGUUUCUACUUUUUUUGUAAGUUUCGACGUUUUUAAACCUCUACAGCCAAAAUGCAAUUUCGUCUUUACUCUUAUUUUUGUUGACUUUCCGCCCCGUUCUCCACAGUUGUUGUUGUUCCUCCCCUUUGGCUGCACCCUAACUUCUGUCUAUUAAAUCUAUCAAACCGCAAUAUUAUAAUCUCGUUGCUUCUGUCGCUCAGAUCUCCAAUCCUGCUCGUGAGCUCAUCGUACUGUAAUAUUUCUUUGGAUAGUCUGAGAAAGGCAUCAAUUCUUCCGUAAAACACUUUUAUUUCCCUUCUCCUAUAUCAUGGCGUUCUGCUCUUCCUGUCCAUCGCUGGGAAGUUCACAGCAGCUUUCGGAGGAGAGCGGCUCACCAGUUUAGUUACUUCGCUUUAUUUAUCGAUUGCAUUUAUAUUCAACCUCUUCCUCCUCAAAGAAUCCCCACAAGAACCCUGAGAUUUAGGUCAGGUUGAGAGGCAGCUUCUGGCUCAAGGUCACCCAGUUGAACUUCACAGCCAAGUGGGUUAUUUUGAGUCCUUCCUAGUCCUUCCUCACAGGGCUAUUCAUUUCAUUUAUUUCAUAAGAUUUCUCUUUGCCUGUGAAACAGACACAGAACAGAGAUCAGCCUUAGCUACUUAUUCCAUCUGCCACCCCACCCCCAACCUGCUGCUUCCAUGGGAGAAAUACUUUACCUUUUGAAAAACUGAUGUUUUGGGAGGAGCUGGAGUAAACCUAGAUUUAAGCCUAGGCCCGCCUUUGCCAACCGGGUACCGUCUAAAUUGUUGUUGCUUAGUCGUUUAGUGGUGUCCGCCUCUUCGUGACCCCCUGGACCAGAGCACGCCAGGCACUCCUGUCUUCCACUGCCUCCCGCAGUUUGGUCAAACUCAUGCUGGUAGUUUCGAGAACACUGUCCCACCAUCUCGUCCUCUGUCGUCCCCUUCUCUUUGUGCCCUCCAUCUUUCCCAACAUCAGGGUCUUUUCCAGGGAGUCUUCUCUUCUCAGGAGGUGGCCAAAGUCUUGGAGCCUCAGCUUCAGGAUCUGUCCUUCCAGUGAGCACUCAGGGCUGAUUUCCUUCAGAAUGGAGAGGUUUGAUCUUCUUGCAGUCCAUGGGACUCUCCAGAGUCUCCUCCAGCACCAGAAUUCAAAAGCAUCCAUUCUUCGGCGAUCAGCCUACUUUAUGGUCCAGCUCUCACUUCCAUACAUUACUACUGGGAAAACCAUGGCUUUAACUAUACGAACCGUCUAAAUUAGGGCGGUCCAACUUUUCCUACCAAGUGGACUGCAAGAGCCCGCAGGCCCCACACUGCCUUGUUUUGUGGAAAGAGGGGAGAAGCGAGUCCAAAAUGAUGUUGUUGUUGUUGAUAUUUAUUAUUAUUUAUUUAUACCCCACCCAUCUGGCUGGGCGGCUUUCAACAGAAUAUUAAAAUACUAUAAUGCAUCAAACAUUAAAAGCUUCCCUAAACAGGGCUGCCUUCAGAUGUCUUCUAAAAGUUUGGUAGUUGUUCUUCUCUUUGACAUCUGGUAGGAGGGCAUUCUACAGGGCGGGUGCCACCACCAAGAAGGCCCUCUGCCUGGUUCCCUGUAGCUUCACUUCUCGCAGGGAGGGAACCGCCAGAAGGCCCUCGGAGCUGGACCUCAGUGUCCGGGCAGAACGAUGGGGGUGGAGACGCUCCUUCAGGGAUCCUGGACCAAAGCCGUUUAGGGCUUUCAAGGUCAGCACCAAAACCUUGAACUGUGCUCGGAAAUGUACUGGGAGCCAAUGUAGAUCUUUCAAGACCGGUGUUAUGUGGUCUUGGCAGCCACUCCCAGUCACCAGUCUAGCUGCCGCUUUCUGAAUUAAUUGCAGUUUCCAGGUCACCUUCAAAGGUAGCCCCACGUAGAGCACAUUGCAGUAGUCCAAGCAGGAGAUAACUAGAGCAUGCACCACUCUGGCCAGACAGUCAGCGGGCAGGGAGGGUCUCAUCCUGCGUCCAGAGGCCGCCUCAGCCUCCCCUGACCCAACUGGUAGUGGAGCAGCUGUAAGUGAUGGCCCAGCUGGAGGCAAUGAGGGAAUCCCCGCAUCUGGAGCCAGGGCAGGCUCAGGCCCCUGACUCGGCCCAGCUGGCGUUUGUUGCAGGGGAACCUGUGCAGACUGGGACUCUUCAGGAUCAGGUCCCAGACUUGGUUCAGAUGAUGCCUGAGGCAAAGGAUCCGGUGCAGACUGAGUCCCCUCUGGUUCUGAGUCCGAGCCCAAGUCCCAGGCCAUCACAAGUCCUUCUUCACACAGCGCAUGGUUAAACUGUGGAACUCCCUGCUACAGGGCUGCAACGAUGCAAACCAACUUGGAUGGCUUUAAAAGAGGAUGGGACAAAUUCAUGGAGGAAGAGAGUUGCUGGAAACCACAGGAAGGGAGAGUCGCUCUUGUGGGAAUGUUCAGGGAUGCAGGAGAGGAUAGAUUGUUUGAUUAUAUCCUUUUCCAACUUGUGUUAACAAGUUCACAAUUUAGCAGAGUAACAUUCCCCUUUUUAAACUCGCAGCGGAUGCGUUAGCUCAGGCUCGCUAAAGCCUCUAUAAUAACCGUUCUGGUAUUUCCCGCUUAUUCCCUCAUAAAAGAUAAGACACUACACAGUCUUCUAUAAAAGUAUAAAAAGGUUUACUCACACAUCAUUCUGUUCACAAUAGGAUCCCAGAAGGCAGACUUAGCUUAGAAAAGUAACAUAUACCUGGAAACUAUCUCAUAAGGAGACAGUCCCUUUGUCCUCUCUUGGCUGGAGGCCAAGAGAGCAUCUUUGGCUAAGCAGAUGUUGCUUCUUCGAUGCAUGUAGUCAAAGAGAGAGAGAUGGCUGCCCUGCCCUGUGCUUUUGUCAUUACCUGCACAGGUGAGGCCACGCCCACCUCUAGUCACAUGCAGAGGAAGUCUGUCCCAGCCCAGAAGGAAACAGGAAGUUGACCUGCUGGCUGGACAAACAUUCCUCCCCAUGUGCAAACAUGCUCCCUCUAGGAAUGUUGUACUUGACUGCUCUUGUGUUUCACAUCCGACAGCUCUUGUGCUCGGAUCCUGCUUCCUGGUUCCCCACAGGCAUCUUGUUGGCGACUGUGGGAAGAUGCUGGACUAGAUGAGCCACUGGCUGCAUCCAGCAGGCUCUCCUUAUUCUCUUAUGUUCAUGGCUGGUGGGUUUUGUAGUCGAAAACAUCUGGAGGGCACCCAACUGGUCUGGAGUGGGGUGGGGAAGGGGGGGACAGGUGGCGACUGUUCUGCAUGUCACUGGACCCAGGUUUCACUUGUGCUUUUAGGGGCCCUAGGGACAAAGCCCCGAGUGCUUUUACAUCUCAGCUUCCGGAGAAAGCAGAAGUUCCAAUGACGGCUGUAACCGCAGCUGGCUAAAUACAAUCUGUUGUACCUGAGUUUACAGUGAACUAGAAUUUACGUGCAGCAAACUUAAGAGAUUUAAUGGCAAACCUUUGCAAACAUUAAGAUGGUUCGCCUUCACAACAGCCCAAGAGGUGGGCUGCAAUUAUCCAUCCGUCCCCUGAGCACACUACUGAGCGACAACUCUGGGUAAAUUGGAUAGCAUCAGCUUUCCAGGCUUAGGGCUUCUCCAGGAGGCAGGCCUGGCCACCAAUUUAAAGCAGGUAGUAGUAGUAGUAGUAGUAGUAGUAGUAGUAGUAGUAUGUAUGUAUGAAUGAAUGAAUAAAUAAAUAAAACCCCACCCUCCCUAGCCAAGACCGGGCUAAGGGUGGCUAACACCAGACAGCAAUACAAUUGAUUAAAAUACAACUUAAAAACAAGAUUAAAAUGCAACAUUAAGAUGCAGCCUCAUUUCAGUAGAAACUCAAAUCAAAAACUUUUUGGGGAUGAAAACGUCAAAUCUUCACCAAGGCCAACUAUCCAGACUGGUAGAAAAAACCAGGGAAAUCUCCAAAUAGGAGUUCCAUCACAGAAGGAGAAAGGAAAAAGGAAAGAGGGGGAGGGGAUCAAGUUGAUUCCAAGCCAAAGGCCAGGCGGAACAACUCUGUCUUGCAGGCCCAGCGGAAAGAAAUCAGAUCCCGCAGGGCCCUGGUCUCAUGAGACAGAGCGUUUCACCAGGCCGGGGCCAGUGUUGAAAAGGCCCUGCCUCUGUUUGAGGCUAAUCUGACUCCCUUAGGGCCUGGGACCUUUAGGGUGUUGCUGUUUAUGGACCUUGAGGCUCUCCGUGGGAUAUACCAAGAGAGGUGGUCCCGUAGGUACGAGGGUCCUAGGCCAUGAAGGGCUUGAAAGGUCAAAAACAGCACCUUAAACCUGACCCUGUACUCCACCGGGAGCCAGUGCAGCUGGAAAAGCACUGGGUGAAUAUGCUCCCAUGGCAGAGACCCCGUAAGGAACCUUGCACCCACUGGAGUUUCUGCAACAAUUUCAAGGGCAGCCCCGCGUAGAGCGAAUUACAGCAGUCAAGCCUGGAGGUGACUGUCAGACAAAUUCAUGCAGGAAAGGGUUAUCCAUGGCUCCUUGGGACUUCCUAAUGCGAUUCUGCUUUUUUUGUUCCUCGUUUCCUCUCUUCGCUAGGCUUCCCGUAUCAGUUCUCUCCGGCUUUUCUCCACCUCCGCCCCUCGGACAUUGAAAAACAAGGUCCCAGAAUACCAGAAGCUCUUCCAGGUGAGAGAUUUGGCUGCGCCCAGAAAGCAGCGGUUUAUGGUAGCAAUGCCUUUGCUGAACCAGACAUGGCAGGAGGGAGGGAGGGAAAGAGAGAGAGUAGAGGGAGGGGAAAAGAAGAAGGGUCUAGGCUGGUCUCAGGUGUCCUACUUUUCAGAGGAUAGUUCUCUCUCUGAGUAGAGCGGUGGUGUCCAUCUGUCAUGGAUGCUUGAGCUGAGAUUCCUGCAUCGUGGGGGGGGGGACUAGAGGACCCUUGGGAUCCCUUCCAUGAUUACUUUGAUGAUGAUGAUGAUGAUUUUUUUAAAAAAUAUAUUCAAAAUUAAAACAAAACAUAUUAUCCAGAAACAUAUCAUCCUUAUCCCCCCCCCCAUUUUUCCUCCCUCCCACACAAAACCCCCACCCCCUGACUUCCCUCGGUUCCAGUCUUUGAUUUCUCUAAGAAUGCUGUUUUCUGCAUGUUACACAGUUGUAUAGAUCUUCAAACUAUUUAGCCAUUAUCAAUAAAGUUUGUGAAUUUUUAUUCAAAGCCAGCCAAGGAGUCCAGUUCGCUUUGUUGCGCCUUCAAAUACCUUGUAAAAGGUUCCCAUUCAUCCUUAAAGUCACAGUUAUCCUUGUCCCAUAGCUUAUGUGUCAAUUUUGCCAGUUCUGCAUAGUCCGUCAAUUUUUCUUGCCAUGAUUCUUUAGUUGGGGUUUCUUCAGUCUUCCAUCCUUGUGCUACCAGAGCUCUCGCCUCCGUUGUCGCAUACAUGAAGAUGUUUUUCAGCUUUUUUUGGCAGAUCUUUCCCUACAAUCCCUAACAAAAAUGCUUCAGGUUUUUUAACAAAUGUUAAAUGAAACAUUUUCUUCAAUUCAUUGUAUAUUAUUUCCCAAAAUUUUUAAAUUACAUUAUAACCCCACCACAUAUGAUAAAAUGUCCCCUCGUUUCCCUUACACUUCCAACAUAUAUUUGAACUAGUUUUGUACAUUUUCCCUAAUUGCACUGCUGUUGUGUACCAUCUGUACAUCAUCUUCAUGUAGUUCUCCUUCAAUGAUCAUUUUAUUAUUUAUACCCCGCCCAUCUGGCUCAGUUUCCCCAGCUACUCUGAGCAGCUUACAGCAUCUAUAAAAAUAGCCUUCUUGUGUUUUGGCUUAUUUUCCUCUUUUUUUCUUUUCUUCUUUUUUCCAUUUCCCCCCCUUUUCCUCCUCCUUCUUUCCUUUUUCUUUUUUCUUUCCCAUAAUGGUUUAUGUUCUACGCCAUGUACUUUGAUAUUUUUUUGUAGUUUUUUUAGCUUUUUCCAUUAUUAUUAUUAUUAUUAAGGAUUUUUCUUUUGUACUUUUGGUUGUUUGUAUUUAUCUGUAUUUGUUUAAAGCAAAAUAAAAGUAUAUAUUUUUUAAAAAUUGUAAAACAUCAGACAUUAAAAAUUUCCCCCAAUACAUACUGAAUGAAAUCAAACUCCAAACCUCCCUUCCAAUUACAUUUUCAGCAACAGGGGUCAUAAUCAUUGUUUCCUUUGGUCAAAAUAAAUGGAGUAAUAUAGUAUUGAUAGCAGGUUUGUAAGUUCUCCAACGUCAUAUUGAGGAACGCCCCCAGAAAUCCUCCCUAACUGAUAAUGAUAACGAUGAUGAUAGUACUGAAUUUAUACUUCGCCUUGUCGUCUGAUGGGACAGAGGAGAGUUUGGAGGGCCAAGUCACAGAAUCCUAUAGUUGUGGCCAGGGCCAGAUUUAGGUUUGAUGCGGCCCUAAGCUUCUGAAGGUAAUGGGGCCCUUUCUAUGUCCAGCUGUCCUUCAUCAACAACAAACUGCCACUGUUUUUUGUGUUGAAUAGAUGCUAUAUGGUAUGGGACGCGGGUGGCGCUGUGGGUUAAACCACAGAACCUAGGACUUGCUGAUCAGAAGGUCGGCGGUUCGAAUUCCCUCGAUGGGGUGAGCUCCCGUCGCUCGGUCCCUGCUCCUGCCAACCUAGCAGUUCGAAAGCACGUCAAAGUGCAAGUAGAUAAAUAGGCACCGCUCCGGUGGGAAGGUAAACGGCAUUUCCGUGCACUGCUCUGGUUCGCCAGAAGCGGCUUAGUCCUGCUGGCCACAUGACCCGGAAGCUGUACGCCGGCUCCCUCGGCCAAUAAAGCGAGAUGAGUGCCGCAACCCCAGAGUCGGCCACGACUGGACCUAAUGGUCAGGGGUCCCUUUACCUUUAUAUGCUAUAUGGUAGGCACGUCCAACGGGUAGAUCGUGAUCUACUGGUAGAUCACUGGCUCCCCCCAAAGUAGCUCAACCACUAUGCCUUGCACCCCCCAAAACAGGGCUUUCCUCCUCCCUAAAAAAAGCUCAAAAACUCUGACCUGAACUCCUAAAAAAAUGGGGCUUCCUCCCUAAAAAAAGACCAGAAUCCCAAAAAACAGGGUUUUCCUUCCUAAUAAAAGCUCAGCAACUUUGACCUGAACCCCCCAAAAGUGGGUAGAUCACUGCCAGUUUUUAAUUCUGUGAGUAGAUCACAGUCUGUUGGGAGUUGGCCACCCCUGCUAUAUGGUAAUUUAUGGACCUAAUAGGUAUCUAAAACCAUCUGCCGUGCAACCAGUCCAUGCAGAGUGUAGGCACCCUAUAUAUAUAAAAGAGCAAACCAGGGAUAUUUUAGGAAGCAGGCAGGGUCCAUGACUUACACCAUAGGAGCCUACACAACACAAAACACGGUUGCUGUACAUAGGUUUCGUUUUAUUUGCUUUUUAUCUUAUAUUUUGGAAAUGUACAUCCAGUUGUUUUUUCCCCCUUUAAUUUUUUUGGGGGGGCCCCAAUGGAGUGGGGCCCUAAGCUAGAGCUUGUUCAGCUUAUACGUAAACCUGGCACUGGUUGUGGAGUUGGAGGGGAUCCCAGGGGUCAUCCAGCCCAACCCCCAGGAACGCAAAGCUCAAAGAGGGUUGCCUUGAAGUUGCUCAUCCAGAGAGAGCGGCCCCCAGUGCGCCCACUGAGCAUGAUGCACACAUAUUGAAGUGGACUGGGGAGAGGGCAGGUGACUAGAUGACCUUUGGGGUCCCCUCCAAUGAAUGGGGCUAACUCCUUGCCUCUCCGCAGGAGGACAACGGGCUGCCUGUGCAUCUCAAAGGAGGCACCAUGGACGCCAUGAUGUACCGUGGAACCAUGAUCCUCAGUGUCUUUGGUAAGCGAUACCUCCGCUCUUCAUUCAUUCCCAGAUUUUGCAUAAUUGUUCAGAGGUGCUACCCUCCUUUAAUUUUUAAAUUUUUUUAUUUAACUAAAAAUAUAGUUAUUUUUAUAGUGGGUUGUGUUGGUUUUUUAAAAAAAAAGAAAUCUGUGUUGGGUUUUUUAAAAAAAGAAAUCUUUCCCUUCACUUGCGUGGAAACAGAUCGUUUGUGCUUGGAAUUUGGGGUCUGUGGCCUAUGAAACGACCUGAAGUCCAGUAUGUACAGCAAAUGUAGAACACAGAUGAAACACCACAACGAACCAAAUUCUCUCUUUCACUCUUGCUGUCAAAAAUAGAAGCCUUCUUGCUUCUCGUUGCGGCGAGACAAAACGGAGAAACGAAACAAAACAAAGUGAGAGCAGAUGGGCUUGUGUUGUUGUUUUUUUCUGUCCAUAAAUAUUUCCUUUUCAAACUGCAGCCAAGCUCAGGGAGCAGAUUGUGCCUUUAUUUGGCCUGAGAAUGAUAACAGUGAGAGAAAUCUUCCGAAACUUUUUGCGGCCAUUCUGUCCCGUUCCUUGGUGGGUUUGGGGGCCAGCGACUCAUUGCCCCUUCCUCUUGGACGAACAGACCUGCAGGCUCACAUACAGACAGAGAGACUGGUUUGGAUAACCCUUGGUUGACUUUAUUCGGAGGGAUACAUUGGGGAGGAAUGCAAUGCACAAGUUUCUGAUUUCCAUGCUGCCGCCGUCAUCCCACCCCACCCAGGUUAGAAUCCAGAAGUCAGCUUUCAAAAUGACAUCUCCAUAGACUUAGACAUUAUAUGUGGUACCCAGGGCUGCAACAAGCAGGAAGGACCUUCAGUUACGCAGUGGAACAUCUCUUUCCACAGCCAUCGUUUUCACACACCCCAAAAAAUCUGCUCUGUGUUACAGAUUGUGUCACCUUAAACCUCAUUUAAACACCCUUUAGCUGGCUCUUGCUGAGUUCAACUGAGCAAACCUUUAAAAACAAAAAAACCAGGCCCAGCAAUUCCCAGUUCUAACUUGAUCGGAGAAAGCCUUAUUAUCCGAGCAAAACCCAACUGCAGGGGUCAGCAAACUUUUUCAGCAGGGGGCUGGUCCACUGUCCUUCAGACCUUGUGGGGGGCCGGACUAUAUUUUUGGGGGGGAGGGGGAGAUGAACGAAUUCCUGUGCCCCACAAAUAACCCAGAGAUGCAUUUGAAAUAAAAGGACACAUUCUACUCAUGUCAAAGCACGCUGAUUCCCUGACCGUCCGCGGGCCGGAUUUAGAAGGCGAUUGGGCCGGAUCCGGCCCCCGGGCCUUAGUUUGCCUACCCAUCGAAUAAGGUUUCCUUGCAAAGCAAGCAGUUUCUGGAGGGUUGCUUCCAUGCUAAAGCCUUUUGGCAAGACUGUUAGGCUGUUAGCAGGAACUGGUAUUAAACUGGACGUUGUAUCACCCAGUAGGUCUUUCCCCACCGCCUCUGUGCAGUAAUAUAUAAUGUUUCUUCUCACGUCAAUCCCUUCAGCGGCUUACUCCCCUACAACAUUAAUUAAAAGCUUCCUUCUUUCAGUUUCAUUGUGUUUUAUUACUUCCUGUUCAGCGUAGCUAAAGAGCAGCCAUUGACUGUCCCUUAACCAACUUCUGUUUCCCAUUUUUUUCAUACGACGCAAAAUGACUGGCCAGGGACAUUUUCCAGGAUUUAUCAUGGUUGCUUUAAUAUUUACCGGAAUAUCAGAGAUCUUAUGUUAUUGGGGAGUAUGCAAAUGUCGUAAAUAAAGGGGAAUGAAGGAUGGCAAUUUCAGGAAAAAGGGCUGGCGUGAAACCAACAAUGCUUCGAGCCUUGCCAAAUUUUUCGAUAAGUGACGUGGAGCUAUUUUCCCCCCUCAGGUGUCGGCCUCACACUCUUUGUCCUGUUCCAAGCUGCUUCGCCGAAGAAGAACAAAUGAGAAUAAAGCUUUAAGGGGGGGAGACUUGGAAGUCCCCCCCCCAACCACCAAUACCUGUUCCAUCCCUCGGUUCCCCCAGAGCGAGAGAGAGAGAAAGACAAGCGCCUUGUUUUCUGGGGCGGAAGAAUUACCAAACCUGUCGAUUCUUAGGAACUUUUCUUCAGGAUGGCAACAAACAAAUGAGGUUGUUUGGAGACAUAAACAAGUGAAUGAAUAAAAUGAAUUGAAAGAAA